AAUUUUCAAAUUUUUUGUGGGUUAUUUCGCAGCAUCCUAAUAGUUUGUUUUCUUCAUGGAUGCUAAGAAAUGACCUGGUCUUUGCCUGUGGUAAAAGCAAAGACGUCGUCGUUGUUUAGAAAAAGUUCCACGUUGUAUUGCAUAGGCGCACAGGAUCGUUUGUUCUCCUGUACGCCUUUUUCUUUCGUUUGUUAACCAUGUUAACAAAAUCAUCGUCUCACAUUUUGUUGCUGUUCUUAUGUAGUAUUUCUUGUAUUUCGCGCUCGCUUCAUGCUGCAAACAAUGAUCAAAAUGCGUUGUUCUUAGCUUGCGGUUCUGAAAAUGGAGGGACAGAUGAAGAUGCGCGAAAAUGGGAACCGGAUGCGAAGUAUCUGAAGUCAGGUGAUAAAUCAGUCAUGACACAACCUGGAUCCAAUGAUCCUUUGGCUCCAUCUGUUGUACCGUAUACCAAUGCAAGAAUUUUUCAAUCAGAAUCGUCGUAUGAUCUUCCUGUUAAGAACCAAACAGCACAUGUUAUGCUUCGGCUUCAUUUCAAUCCAACCGCGUAUCCUAAUUUCAAUGUAUCAGAUUCAUAUAUCACGGUUUCUGCUGGGAAAGUUACGUUGUUGAAUAACUUCAGUGCGUAUAUAACAGCGCAAGCCUUGUCGCAGAGUUACAUUAUUAAAGAGUACCUGUUGGAUCAUGUGGAUUCAUCGACCGUGGAGAUCAAGAUUAAGCCUUUUGGUAAAUCAUCGUUUGCAUUCAUCAAUGGAAUCGAAAUGAUCACACUACCGGACAUAUUUUUUGGACCGGAUCCUUUGAUAGUUGGAUUUAUGAGUGGCUCGAGUGCUGGUGCUCAGCAAAGUGUAUCUGUAAAGGAUAACAAUAUGGAGUUAAUGUAUAGGGUGAAUGUUGGUGGACAAUAUAUUUCUCCGAAAAAUGAUUCAGGCGGGUUAAUGAGAAGAUGGUACGAGGAUACUCCUUACUUAUAUGGUGCUUCGACAGGUGUUACUAUGAGAAGUAACAGGACAGUUUCGUAUGAUGGCAUGCCAUCGUACGUGGCACCACUUUCUGUCUACGAGAGCUGUAGAUCGAUGGGUUUUGAUUCAAACGUCAACAAGAACUAUAACCUUACUUGGGUUUUCAAUGUUGAUUCCAACUUUACAUAUCUCGUGAGGUUUCACUGGUGCGAUUUCACCAUCGAUGCCACGAGAAUCAAUUCCAUGGUCUUUACGGUGUAUAUCAGUGGACAAAUUGCAGAUAUGGAAGUCGAUUUAGUUGCAAUGAAAAAUAGAAAAAAGGCGGUUGCGAUAGAAAAAGACUAUGUGACUCGUGUUGAUGGUAAAGAAGGUCAGCUUUGGGUAGCAGUGCAUCCAUCAGGAGCUAAUAGUGAGAUAGCUAAUGCUAUUGUAAAUGGAAUAGAGAUCUUUAAGAUCGGCGGAGGAACUACGAGCUUGGCAGGACCGAAUCCUACAAUGUCAGAUUUAAUGAAGAAGCAUCAGGAAGAACAAAGUAAAGAAGAUCCGGGGAAAUUCGCUGAAAAGGAAAAAACGAAAACCAAUUAUGUCGCCAUCACUGGUGCUGUUGGCGGAGUUGCUGCAUUUAGCGUAGCUGCUGUUUUGGCUCUUGUUGUUUACAAGAGAAAAAAGAGAACCGCGGGAGUUGAAUCACGCACGAAUAGUUGGCUGCCGAUUCAUGGGAACUCUCAUUCUUCUGGUUCAAAAAGUGGUGGUAGCACGACGAUUUCAUCAGAUGCUGCUUCUAACUGUCGAUACUUUUCACUGGCCGAGAUCAAACAGGCGACUAAGAACUUCCAUGAAUCUUAUGUUAUCGGAGUUGGUGGAUUCGGCAAGGUGUAUAGAGGAGUCAUUGACGGUGACCAAAAAGUUGCAAUCAAAAGAUCAAACCCGUCUUCAGAACAAGGUGUCAAUGAAUUCCAGACUGAAAUCGAGAUGCUUUCAAAGCUAAGGCAUCGACACUUGGUGUCCUUGAUCGGAUUUUGUGAAGAAAAUAACGAAAUGGUCCUUGUUUAUGACCACAUGGCACAUGGAACACUAAGGGAACAUCUUUAUAAAGGUAACAAAAUUACAUUAACUUGGAAGCAAAGGUUGGAUAUCUGUAUCGGCGCAGCUAGAGGACUUCAUUACCUUCACACGGGAUCUAAAUACACCAUUAUUCAUCGGGAUGUGAAAAGUACAAACAUUCUAUUAAAUGACCAGUGGGUAGCUAAGGUUUCAGAUUUUGGACUUUCGAAAACAGGUCCAAACAUGAACCAAGGACAUGUUACAACAGUCGUAAAAGGUAGCUUUGGGUAUUUGGACCCCGAAUACUUCAGAAGACAACAGUUAACUGAAAAAUCAGACGUGUACUCGUUUGGGGUUGUCCUAUUUGAAGUAUUGUGUGCCAGGCCAGCGCUUAACGCGAACCUUCCAAAGGAACAAGUCAGCCUAGCAGAUUGGGCGUUAGUUUGUCAAAGGAAAGGGAAUUUAGAAGAUAUUAUCGAUCCACAGUUGAAAGGAAAGAUCAAUCCUGAAUGCUUGAAGAAAUUUGCAGAAACAGCAGAGAAAUGCUUAGCUGAUAACGGUAUAGACCGUCCAUCCAUGGGCGAUGUCUUAUGGAAUCUUGAAUACGCGCUGCAGUUAGAAGAGAAUCCAGAUGGGGUCUUAGCAACUUCCGAGUCAACGAAAGAAGUGGAUCAUGGCAGUGCUGAAGAAGUAUCUCAACACAAUUUGAUAGCUAUGCAUAGAAGCACUUUGAGCCUUGAAAGUGAUAAAGGUGAUAACAACACAGAUGACGUAUUUUCGCAGAUUGUAAAUCCAACGGGAAGGUAAUAACAUCACAUAGGCUCCUCUUUCUUAUCAUCGAUCUGUUAUGAUGAGAGUAAGAAUUUGUACAAAUAUAUUAAAUACCAUCUGUAUCUACUAUAUAAGGAAAAUCAUAGCAUGUCAUUGAAUAAUGCUGCAAUAGACAGCCAUUUUUGUAACUCUCUUCAUUCCGAUUAAUAUGACACUUACCUUAUUUGGAUUGAA